GGAGUCGGGAGCGCGCCGCGCGACUUAAAGCAACCCGUCGUCCCGUGUUGAUGUGUCGCAGAUUUGAAAAAGUGAGCCAGGAGAGCACUUUGCGUGACGCGACCCGGACAUCGAGAGGCAUCGGAGGCGUUUUAGUGGCCCGAACGAACAUUAUUUUCCUCCCCUUUGCUCGGGUUUCUUUUCGCUCGUUCUUCUUCCACUCGUGCCUGGAACGGAGACAGCUUGUUUUGAGCGGGGAUGGAGCUGUCAUCCAUCGGAGACCAAGUGUUCGCAGUCGAGUCCAUCACGAAGAAGAGAGUCCGAAAGGGUAAUGUGGAGUACCUGCUAAAGUGGCAAGGAUGGCCCCCAAAGUACAGCACUUGGGAACCAGAGGACAAUAUUUUGGACCCUCGCCUGGUCCUAGCCUACGAGGAGAAUCAACAGAAGAUCAGAGCUCUGGCCUAUCGCAAGAAAGGUCUCAGACCCAGAAGCCUCGUCCUGCGGAAUAUCUUUGCCAUGGACCUGCGGAGCGCCCACAAGGCCCCGGACAAACCUGCGCCCCGACUGCGCCUCUCACUUACCCGCGCCAUGAGCACCGAUGUGGACCAUAUCGAGCGGGGAGGCGCAUACUGUCGCUCAGCGAGGAGGAGGAGGACCAAGCAGCUGGCGUCCAAGCGGAGUGCAUGCGCCCGCUCGAACAGAACUGUCGGGCACCGGAGGAAGAAGACGGAGGACUGGGAUGACACCAGCGAAGAAGAGAAGCAGGAGUCCCAAAGUGCCACAGAGGAGAGACGGGCAGACAGCUUAUAUGGUCAUUCUGAGUGCAGCUCACCUCCCGUACUGGAGCGACAUGACUUGGAGCUGGACAUGGAGGAGAACGGCCCUAAAAUGUUUUCGGACCCGGAAGACGUCGACGUGGCAACGAUUGCGUGCGACCAAUCAAAGGACGGUGCAUCGACGCUUGACGACGGAGCAGCGGAUGCGGUUACCGCGGACAACGGGUCAGACGGCGACACGGGCGAGGAGGAGGGGCAGUCAAGGCCCGUGAGUCCCACGGGCGCGCACCUGAAAGAUGACCUCACCUCGGCGGUCGCGGGCGCAGAUACGGUGGUCCGCAUUCAGAACGUUACCACGACGACGGCGACCGCUCAAUCACAGCAUCCUGGGAAGGUGAUCAUGACCGAGGUGACCAUCAAUUCGCUGACGGUGACUUUUAAAGAGGCCGCUGAGGCGGAGGGCUUCUUUAAGGACUGUUAAGCGAAGGCGCAUCCAUUCGACAACAAUAAUCCGACUCGCCACUCAUUUUGUAACACCUGUAAUUUGUCACGUAGGUAACAUGUUUACAUCGAAAGAAAUUCCUGCUGAGAAGACAUUAUCGCCUUUGAAUUGAAAAAAACAAAUGAGUGGUGAUUUUUAUUACUGAGGUGAAUUAAUUGGAAUUCUCGAGAGACAAGUAAUGAGGCAGCAGUCAAACAACUCCCUUCUUCCACGCAGCUACUUUUGAUUUUUAUUCUUCAGUUUUCUAUUUAUUUUAUUUUUUUGAAGGAAUUCCAGAGAAUCUGAUAGUUAGACGCAGGUCAAACAAACUGACUUCUUCCAUGCAGCUACUUUUUACUAAAAUAGUCUUGAAGUGCUUUCCAGCUAGACAUCACGCUCCGGUAGUGUAUAGGCAUCUCAUUUCAUUCGCCCGUCUUACAAAUAUGUUUAGUCAAGAUUGCCACUUGGACCCGAGUUUAUUUCUGUCCCAACAGAAAUAAAACAAAGAGAUGUAAUGACUGCUGCUCAUAUGAAGGAGGAGGGAUGCGCAAAAAAAAA